AAUCCUAUUGGAUUACCAGCUUACGUAGCUAGAAAUUGAAAAGGACGAAAAUACUGCGCACAACAAACAAAAUCUGCACCAGCAAUAGUACCGCUACUCGUAUAACGAGCAUGAACACCUUAACAAUUGAAAGCAAAAACAACAAUAACUGCCAACAAGUGUGUGCGCUCAAAAGGAUUGCGCAAAGGAUAAAUUUACGCUUCAGCUGAACUAGCAGAGUAAUUGGCACGUUGAUUUUCGUCAACAAGCAGCAACAAUCACCAAGCAUCCCACUCCCAACCAGGCUUACAGCAGCAGGCACUAAAGCACUGAAGCAAAAAGCAAAAACCAACGAAUAUUAAAAAAAAAUCUCUUUACAAAUUGAACUACGAACGAAAAGAAGUGUUAAUAAUUGCGGAUUUUAGAUAAUAGUCGCAUAGCUCAUAAGAGGAGUAUCUGCUGGCAACAAAAUGGACGAUAUGAUUUUCCAAAGCAGUACUCAAAAUUCUGUAUAUGUGCUGAAUUCUAAUUAUAGAUCUUAUGGGGACUUUGCUCGCCUCGAUUUCAUCGAUCCUAAUGACAUGAACAAUAAAAAUGUGUCAAAUUGCCAAAAUUCAUUGGCUUCGAGAUCCGGUAAUCGCAGUUGCUGCGCCAGUUCGCGAGCAAUGCAAAAUAAAUUACGCAAUUCGGGGAACGGCGUCACGGAAACCAUCGGAAAUAUUGUCACAUCACCGCCUGCGCUGUCGGUAGCAGCCUUGUCAACAACAACAACACCCGCAGCGAAAUGUUUGCCACCGACAGCUGCAUUUCAAAAUUUCUUUAACUGCAGCUAUGUGGCAAAUGCCAGUGGUGGCAACUGCACCAAUUCAAUGCAUGGCGAAGGUCGCUGUGGAGGAGGUGUGGAUGCGAGUGCUGGGCAGGGUGUCAAUAAAAUAAAAUCCAACAACAGCAAUAAGAAAAAAUGCGCCAACGUGAAGCCAUCCCUUAUGGCGAAAAAAACGAAAUUUCGAAAAUUCAUCGAAGAGGAUAAAUGGAGGGCAGGAGAUGAGGGUGCUGGGGAAAACGUGUAUCAGUACAGUAUCAGCAACAAUGACCGUGUCGGGUGCACCGGCUCUGUGACACCCACUGAAUUUCAUACCAGCUCAUAUGUGAAGGAAUCAAACACUGCUGAAUCAACAACGCUAACCGCUUCAAUGGCCGCAAUAGCAACUUGUGGGCCCUUGAACAACAUCGUUAAACAUUAUUGGAAUGGCAAAAUGGAUGCGAAUGCAGUUGACGACAACAAGCGACACCAGCAACAGAACCAGUCGAACAAUUGGAGCGGAAGCGGCGAUAGUAACAAUCAAAAGCGACAACAGUUGGAAGUGCUGAAGUCGUCUCAACAACAAAAAAGCAAUUACGAGCUUUACAAAGAAGCCGCCGAACUGCUCGGAUUGUCUUGCACACUUUGUGAUAACUGCCGAUGCCUCGAAUGCCAGAGCAAAUACUUCGAUUGCGAUGACUCGGACAGCUACUCAGAAUUCUCAAACUCCGAUGAGUACGACGAGGAGACAAUGAACGCAUUAAACAAUUCUGUUGAGCUGGUGAUGUAUGCCAACUACUACAGAGAUGAUGUGAUUGCCACCUAUGGCUCGAUGACAACGCAGCACCGACAAAAACAAAAAACUGCCGACCAUUCACAAUACCAACAACAGAUCAAUUCAAUGUGCGCUGAAGCAAAUUGCAAUGCAACUGAAUUGUUGGGUGAUCGUCGAGGUGAUAGUAAACCGAUUGGCGGUAACAACUAUGAAGUUGUAACUGGCAUUAGCCAGACAGAUGCCACCAAACAUGAACUGCAUUCGGAGCAAAGUCAGCGAGGCAAUGAGUUGGAAAAUUUUACAAGUUUCAAUGAGCUUCGGUUGACGGAUGUCAGCGACACUGAAAACUAUAAAAAAGGAUAGAAGCAAGUACGGGCACACGCGAUGAAAAGAUAAAACUUUUCGUAAAAUGGAUAUUGCGUGGAUCUACCCUACCACUCCAAUCAAGCUAUAUUACUAAAUUCCGCCUGUGCCACUAACCCUACUACAUCUACUCAUUUGUGGCCGUUAUAAGUGGCAUGAACAUAGAUUUUCGCCUUUUAUUAAGUUAGCAGAGUAACGAAUCAUAAAUAUAUACACAAGAAAUGUAUAAAUAUAAUGGCUGAAAAUUACCAGAAUGUAUUACUUAUUUAUACCUUCAAUGGAUUAUCUUAAAAUAAGCUUUAAUUAAUUCCUGCAGCAAUCAUAAUCGCCAGGAAUUUUUUUCUAGAGGUAAAUAUUAAAUAUGAAUAGGGUGUCAUAUGAGGCCACCUGUUUUGACAUGAGAAAAUAGCGAUUGGCAGGGAAACUCCAAAUAGAACUCACUAUCCAAUAAAUGACUUCCUCGGCGCUUUUGAUGAAACAUUGGAUGACAUUUUUGCAUAGUUCCGGCUUAAUUCACUAAAUUACUUACCCUUCUAUCAUUCACCUAACGCUAUCAAAUCCAAUUGGAUCGAACGAAAGAAGUGUAUUAUAAUCUUAGAGUGUAAGGGUGCAACUACUUCGCCUCACAAACCCUAAUAACGAGUAAACUUUUGAAAUACAAUAAUAUGACUUAUGGGUCUAUUGAAUACAAAGUUACUCGGAAAAAUAACGCAAAGCUCUCUAAUUUCCUUCAAACUUUGCAACAAAGAAUGAGGAAUGUUGUAAGAUGUCGGCAAUGUAUUUUCAGUUCUCGAAUAUGUGACUUUAAAGCACUUUCUGAGGUUUAAAGAAAACCGAGAACUAACACGCCAUAGUUCCAGGGCGUCAAUGAUAUUUUGAAGCUCAAGUGCAUAAUCUGGCUUCGAAAUUUUGGUAAAUCAUUUUUAAGUCAUCAGCAUAGACCGAAAAUUUCGCGAAACGAAAGCUGCUACUUAUGUCAAUCGUAAACAAAACAAAUAUUAGCGGUCCUAGCAAGGCGAAUUGGGUAUUCUUGCGGCCCUAGUAUACUCUCUUGGGGAACGCCAGUAGAGGCGAAGAAAUUUUGCAUAUGCCUUCAAUUGUAGUAAUGCAAUUUUUUUCCAAUUUAGUCCAAUUUAACCCAAUUUAGAAACUCAGAAUGAAGACAAGAUAACUUAAAAAUGAGUAAAGAAUGCGAAACUUUAUCAAAAGCUUUAGAGAAAUCAUUUAGACGCAAACAACCUAACACCCAUCGGAAUAAGACGAAAUGCGGUAUUCACUAAACGCAGCAAGAUUCUGAACUGUGGAACGAUUAGAAAGAAAUAAUUUUUUUCUUAUCUCAUCUUGAAUGAUACACUCAAAGAGUUUCGACACAGUAGAUAGCUUAGGCAUAGACAUCAUUCCUACUGUCACCCCUUUGAAUUUGGCUAAUUGAGGUAAAUUUCCAAUCAUCUAUGAAACCUCCAGAAGAUAACAUAUUGGGGAAAAAGGAAUCCAUUAUUUUUGCGUUUUAUGGUCGAUCUUUAGCUUCUAGGCACAAAGACCAUGAGGUCGAAGUGCAAACCUUUAAUAAAAUCUAGCUCCUUGGGGACGCUCCGACUACUAACAUGCCGGUCAACUUCGAUUUUUUCUGUGAUUUUAUCUACAUUAUCGACAUUUUCUUAAAUAUCAAAAAAGCCUGAACGUAAUACGAAACCAAGAUUUCACGUAAUUAGCCGUUGCAAUAUCGGCACCAUGAACCCCAUUUACAAUUUCAGCGGCCUGGCUAGCAUUCUCGUCUUUAUGAAAGAAAAACUCAAAGCUGUAAAAUGUAAAAUGCACCGAAUUUUCUCUUUGUUGACUUCCAUUGUUUAAAUUGCUUGGACUAUACUUUACGAGAUAUCGAUCACUACAGCCAUCUACCGAGAAAAUAAUGGAUUUAUUUUUCCCCAAGAUUUGAUGCGAGUGCAGCUUUUUGACAUCCAAGUUUCCUUCACUUUGUUACUAGGCAGGCACUCCUUUCUGCAUAAAGGCGUCUGCAAUGGAAUACUGUUACAAUACAAUAGAAAUCGAUGUUAGAUCCUCUGGUUGAGUAUAGAAUGUUGGACCUAAGCACAUAGCGCGAGCGAUUUGAUUAUAUACGUACUACUAAAGGGUUUUCCAAUAAGAGGUGUUAUUUUGAUAUUCAAAGAAAAAUGCUAUUUUUUAAUAUAAAUGAUCAGAUGUUUAUUUCAUUAUAAAGAGGAAGGGAUGCCGUAAAUAGUGGAAAAUAACAUCAGGCAAAUGGCCACCACGACAACGCUAACAGGACAAUAUCCUUUUCAGGAAAUGUUCUAUAACCGAAUUGCAAAGUGACUGCCCUAUGUCCUCGAUAGUCUCACGAAUUCCAUCUUUGAGGUCUUGAAUCGACCCUGGGCUGUUGGCGUAGACCAGCUCUUUCACAUGGCCCCAAAGAAAAAAGUCACAAUGUGUUGAAUCACAAGAUUUCGGUGGUUUCGUUGCUUGUGUGGCACGUAGUGCCAACUUGUUGAAAAUAAACGUUGUCCAGAUCAAUGCCAUCCAAUUCCAAUAGCCUUUUAUAUAUUUAAAUAACACCUGCUAUUGGAAAACCCUUUAUAUACACAAUGAAAUUCUAUUGAAAUGCUGUUAGGCUACUAAUGAUACCAACUAACUAACUAUCAAACAUAUUUUUUCCAAAUCCGCCAAAUGUAUCAAUACUCCAAUUGUCUCCUAUGGCUCUUUAGAUCGCCUUCGAGCACCACUUUUUCGAGUUUCUAGGAGAAAGUAUUGCUUGAUCCAUUAUUUCAUAGCGAUGUGGAAGCUUGUCGGAAUUGUACCGCUAAGAUCCGUGCCAGUUUUCAAAUCGGACAUACGACUGCAUUUAUUUUUAAGCGGCCCAGUUACACAGAAUCAAAAAAUUACGAACGGGGAAAGAUAACUGUGUUUUUUUCCUUGACUCUCAUUAGUUUGCCAGUCGCAAAUACAAUCACUUUUGCUGUCUUGGGAAGUCGAAAAUUUCGAAGAAAAAUGCUUAAUGUUACAUGUAGGUUUAAUGAAAAAAUAAUAUAUAUAAAAUCAAAAUCAGUAUAUAUGAAACUAUGUAAUUAGUGAACUCAUUUGUGCCAAACAAAUUUCUGAAAAAUAUUAUGAAUUACGCCUUAAAAUUAGAAUUGAAAAACAUAUAAAUAUUGAACAUUUAACAAGUUUGAUUAUAUUAAUACUUAUGAACAAAUAUUUACUAGUAUAUACAUAC